AUGACCUUACUGGAAGCUGCCUCAAAUUCUUUUUGGCAGUGGGCAGCACCUUGGUCAUGGGAUCCCACCAGUAUCUGCAGGAAAGCACGGAGGCUGGCAGGGCGGCAGGCUGAGCUGUGCCAGGAGGAGCCGGAAGUGGUGGCUGAGCUGGCGCGGGGUGCCCGGCUUGGGGUUCGAGAGUGCCAGUUCCAGUUCCGUUUCCGCCGCUGGAACUGCUCCAGCCACAGCAAGGCCUUUGGGCGCAUCCUGCAGCAGGACAUCCGGGAGACCGCCUUCGUCUUUGCCAUCACGGCGGCAGGCGCCAGCCAUGCAGUCACACAGGCCUGCUCCAUGGGCGAGCUGCUGCAGUGUGGCUGCCAGGCACCCCACAGGCGGGCCACACCGCGGCCCCCUGGCCUGCCAGGCACCCUUGGGCCCCCUGGCCUUGUGGGCUCCCCAGAGGGCAGUGCAGCCUGGGAGUGGGGAGGCUGUGGGGACGAUGUGGACUUCGGGGACAAGAAGUCCAGGCUCUUUAUGGACGCGAGGCAUAAGCGGGGAAGUGGAGACAUCCGAGCGUUGGUGCAACUUCACAACAAUGAGGCGGGCCGGCAGGCGGUGCGGAGCCAUACGCGCACUGAAUGCAAGUGCCACGGGCUGUCGGGCUCAUGCGCUCUGCGCACCUGCUGGCAGAAGCUGCCCCCGUUCCGAGAGGUGGGCGCGGAGCUGCUCGAGCGCUUCCACGGCGCCUCGCGUGUCAUGGGCACCAACGAUGGCAAGGCUCUGCUGCCCGCGGUCCGCAAUCUCAAGCCGCCGAGUCGCUCUGACCUACUCUAUGUCGCCGACUCGCCCGACUUCUGCGCCCCCAACCGGCGCACGGGCUCUCCAGGCACGCGCGGCCGCGCCUGCAACAGCAGCGCCUUGGACCUCAGCGGCUGCGACCUGCUGUGCUGCGGCCGCGGGCACCGCGAGGAGAGCGUGCAGCUCGAGGAGAACUGCCUGUGCCGCUUCCACUGGUGCUGCGUGGUGCAGUGCCACCAGUGCCUCGUGCGCAAGGAGCUCAGCCUCUGCCUCUGACCUGCCGCGGGCCUCUCCCAAGGCGCGCAGCGCUGCCUCCUCUACC